AUGACUGCAGAUAAAAAAGAUGAAAAACAACAAUCAAAUUUCCCAUGGAAGAGAAUGGUAGCUGGAGCUGUAGCAGGUACAGCAGAUGUUUGGGCAUGUCAUCCAUUGGAUCGUAUCAAGACACAACUCCAAAAUAACCCAGGUAAAUCUAUUUUUGGAACAUUCCAAGAUAUUGUGGCCAAGGGACAUGGACCAGUUGGAGGAGUACGUGCACUCUAUGAAGGUAUUUGGCCAAUGACUGCCGAAGCCAUCUUUAAGGUUGGUAUUAGAUACUUUGCAUUCUCUUGGUUCACCGAACAAUACAACAGACAAUUCCCAGUGGCCGCUGGACAAAAGCGUGAUCCAUUUGUCACUAAUCUUUUGGGUGGUGCUUUUGCAGGUGCCGUCGAAUCUUUUAUCGUCGUCAUUCCAUGUGAACUGCUCAAGGUUCGUCAUAUGACCCAAGAACAUCAAAGAUCGUUCUCGGCCGUCAUGCGUGACGUUUUACGUGAGGAAGGUUUCCGUGGUCUCUACAAGGGUGGAUCUGCCACACUUCUCCGUCAAAUCACCAAUCAUAUGAUUCGUUUCCCCGUUUUCUAUUCCGUCACUGAUUACCUCAAGGGUGGUGAUCACAGCAAGCAACUCCCAGUCGUUCAAAACUUGGCUGCCGGUCUCAUUGCCGGUACCGCCUCUACACUCUUUAACAACCCACUCGACACUAUCAAGACACGUAUGCAAAAGCAAGGUCAAAACGAAACCUCUAUGCAAGUCAUCAGAGGUAUCUACAGAGAUGGUGGUAUUAAAGCUUAUUGGGCUGGUUGUCUUCCACGUAUUCUUCGUGUUGGUCCUGGUCAAGCUAUCACUUGGGCCGUCGUUGAAAAGGUUACAGAAUUUUUACAUAAAUAUUAA